AGAACCAUAUCUUAUCUAAUAUCUAUAUUUAUAUCUAUCCAUACAUAUAUAUAUCACCAAAAAAAUAAUACCUUAAAUUUAGUUGGGAAAGAAGAAGAAACUCAAAAGGAGAGGAAGAUAUGGAUGCAAUGCAAAUAGGUCUGCCAGUUUUGGGCAUUGUUGCAGCUGCAGUUGUAACCUUCUAUGCAGUGAGUUUCAAUGAGAUUAGAGAGAAAUCACUUCCAGAUUGGGAUGAAAUUGAAUCAGAAAAUGGAGAUUUUAGACGAUCAUCCACUUCCCGACAGAAGCGAGCUAAAAGACAAGCUAGUAAAAAUAACAAAACCUAACUUCAAUCUAUCUUCUCUUUCUUUUCAUUUCCUUUUUUUGAUGUUUAGGUAAUGAAUUAUAUACUAUUAUGUACUCUUUUUAUUUUGCUGUUAUAUUGUUACAAAGCUCCACGAUCUUAGACUCA